AUGACGCUUGCCCGAUCCCGGCGCCAGCCACCUUUCCCCAUACUUUCGAUUCAGAGCGAUGAUUGGCUGAUUCGUCAUGUUUCGCAGCUUUCCGGUCCAUGGCUCACCACCCCAGACGUCAAGUUCCUGGAUCUGACGCGUCCUCCCACUUCCAUCACUCAUCCCACACCUUCCAGCGCAUCACUUACAGCUUGUCGCAACACUGCUCAAGCUUCCUACUCAUCAAUUGCUCGUUGCCCCUACUCAUCGCGAAACCGACUCCGCCUCUGCGUACCAUCACGUCAUUUGCUAAAAAGAGCUUCUCAUAGUACUUUCCACAAGAUGACGGACAGCAAGAUCCAAGAAGGAGACAAAGUCUCGUGGUCUUGGGGCUCAGGACAGCCUGGCGGCAAGGUCGCCGAGGUCAAAGAACAAGGCGAGAUCGCUAUUGAGUCCAACCGCGGCAAUACAAUCAAGAAGAAUGCCGACCCGGAAAACCCAGCGGUUCACAUCGAACGAUCCGGCAACGACGUUGUGAAGCGCGCCUCCGAACUCCAGAUCGACAAGAAGACCGAGGGCGGGUCGAAUGGCGACUCGAAGGACGACAAGAACGAGUCCGAAUCUGAUAAGAAAGAGGAAAAGAAAGACGACGACAAGCCAACUGAGCCUGAUAAGAAGGACGAAGAGAUGAAUGAUGCUCCGGCCUCUGAGAAGAACGGUGACCCCAAAGAUGAGCAGGACACGUCUGAAUCCAAGGAAGACUCGAAAGAGGAAUCCAAGGCUGACACCGAGAAUACCGGUGACGACUUGGACGAGGCACAGGCUGGCGACAAGCGUAAGGUAGACGAGACAAACGGAGUCGAAGCUGAGAAGAAAGCACCUGCCUCGAAGAAGACCAAGACCGAUGGUGCGGAGGAUAAAGGUGAGGACGAAGACGAUGCGGAGAAUGAGGAAAAAGCCGAAGAGAAGCCCAAGGGCAAAGCCGGUCGGCCCAGAGCCGGUGAGAAGAAGGAGAAAAAGGAGCCUGCGAAGAAAAAGCAGUCCAAGCCAGCUGCCACCGAGGAUGGCCAGCCUCGACGAAGCGCCCGUAACAAGUAA